AACACGGCAGCAACUGAGAGUCAGACCAAGUUGUAGAGAGAGAAACCGAAUACCCUUCUAGAGAGAGAGAGAUUGAAAACUGAAAGCCCUAGAUAUGAAAACUAACAAAAAUCCCCAAUUCUGAAUUGAAUGGAACCCCUAACCCUAACCCGAAUUCCCAGUAUUGGAUCCUCCGGAUACACCAGUUCUCGGACCAUCCGCUUCUUCUUCGCCGGUGGCUGAGCCAAACGGAGACUCAGAGAGAGAGAGAGAGAGAGAGAGAUACAGAGAGAAAGAGAAAGAGAGAAAGAGAAAGAGAAAGAGAGAAAGAGAAAGAGAGAGAGAGAUAGACAGAUACAGAGAGAGUGAGAAAGAGUCAGAGAUAUGGAGAGCGAGGGAUCAGGCGCGGCAGGGUGCAGCGCGGGAUCGAUUGUGUGGGUGAGGAGGAGGAACGGGUCGUGGUGGCCGGGGAAGAUACUGGGGCCCGAAGAGCUCUCCACUUCGCAUCUCACGUCGCCGCGCUCCGGGACUCCGGUCAAGCUUCUCGGAAGGGAGGACGCUAGCGUGGAUUGGUACAAUUUAGAGAAAUCCAAGCGAGUGAAGGCAUUUAGAUGUGGCGAAUUUGAUGAUUGUAUUGAAAAAGCUGAGUCCUCCCAAGGCAUGCCAAUAAAGAAAAGGGAGAAAUAUGCACGUCGAGAAGAUGCUAUUCUUCAUGCUCUUGAACUUGAGAGGCAACUGUUGGAAAAGCAAGGAAAGUUAUGUAUAGAUUCUGAUCGCAGGAACAGUAAAUCAUCUGGUGAUAUCAAAAAGGGGUUAGUUACUUCUUCAGAAAGUUUUGGAGAUGAUAAUGGAAAGCUUGGAAAUUCCAAUUCACAUCAAGGUUCUAGCAGGCUUGAAAUGUAUCAUAAGGACAAGACUGUUGGUGGUCUUCUUUCUUCACAGAAAGCUAAAGAUGGAAAUCAACUGAGUGGGGCAAAUGAUCAUUCUGAUAUCAUACCCCGAAUGAGAGAUUUGCAAGAUUUCGGUCUUAGGAUUGCCCCUUCCAAACAGAAGCUUUCAUCUUCUGUAGUUUCGAAUGGUUCUCGGAAACCUAUAGCUGAUAAUCAUGCUGAUGCUCUUCCUGGUGGUGGUCAUCUUAGCAUGGGAAAUGCAAGUCAUGCAAAUGGUAAAAAUUCUUUAGAAAAAAGGAAAAGAUCACAUGAGGGGUUGACUGAGGAAUUUUUGGUCAAGAGACGUGAUAAGCGACGCCCUCUUAUUCAAGUUUUGCAGAGUAGUGCAAAAUUAGGAGUCUCUGAUUCUUUGCAACCUGACUGUGGUACUGUUUCUACUUCUAUUUCAGGAGUGGAGCAGAUGGGAGUUACUUCUCGAGCUAAGAGGAGCAGAUGUGUCUACGUGACAGCUGAGCAUGGUGAUUCUUUGGAUCACAAUGAAACUUCUCCAAGAAAGAUUGAGAUGUCAGCUUCCCAGUUCGGAAUGGGUAACUUUGUUCCUUAUCCUGGUUCUUUGAUUGAAGAGAACUCUUCUGGUUUUACAGAAGAUGUUGAAUCUGAUUCUUCUGAAACUGAUUCUUCUGAAUCCGAGUCUGAUUCUUCCGAGACGGAACCAGAUAUGGAAGAAGAGAUGACUGUACUAUCAGAAGCAGAAUGGAAUGCUCCAGGAAGAUCUGAAGCACAAGAACAUGGAAGCAUGAGUACGGAGGAGCAUGAUGAGUCAGCAUUUUCUGGCGACAUGUCUCACCCUUAUCUUCAUGACCAUGUUUCUGCUAAUGAUGCAGUGUCUAAAUGGCGAUUGAAAGGUAAAAGGAAUAUUCGCAAUCUUACAAAAAAGCCUGUGGAUGCAAGUGAUGGAAUAGGUUCCAUUUACAGAACAUAUCCUGAAGAGAAGAGAAGUCGUUUGAGCCACAGGACUUUGAGGCAGAGUUUGAGCUUCCGUAGAAGUGAUGAUUUUGAUUAUAGUGUUGAUGAGGAUGAUAUAAAUGAAAGGGAUAUAGGGACUUCGAGAGUUAGAUUGAACAGUAGGCCCUCCUCGACAUCAAGAGCUGCAUCCAGGGGUCGAAAUAGUAUUGGUAGUAAUUUAGUUGAUUGGGAGGACUUGACAUGGGAGGAUCAGCCUGCUUUGAAAGGAUAUUGGAACAUCAAAGCAGAGCGUUUUGGUCCAUAUUUUGAUGGCCAUCGUCAAUUUGGUGGGAGGCCGAGAUCCAUGCUGGUAAAUGUGGAUUUGAAGGUCCAAGCAAGCUAUCAGAAAGAGCCUGUCCCUAUUGUUUCUCUGAUGAGCAAGUUAAAUGGGAAGGCAAUUAUAGGGCACCCAAUUCAAAUUGAAGCCCUAGAAGACGGUUCAGCUGAAACUCUUCUUUCUACAGUUGAUUUUGGCACUGAAGUGCUUAACAGUGAAAAUACAGCACUUCAGCCAGCUUGGAGGACUGCAAGGAGGACAGCGAAUGUUCGGAUCCCACGCCCUCAUUUAUCAUCAGCAUUGGAUGGUGAUGAAGCCACCAGCGAUCUUCCCUUUUUAGAUCAAGAAAGGAAACCUCCAUUAAAGAAAUUAAAUGCAGGGAGUUUCAGUCACAAGGCAAGCCUGGAGAAGAGUAACCUCCCUUACAUUCCUCGGCCUCCAACUGACAGGAAGUUUGUGAAAAAGCUACCAAGGAAAGUAAGCUUAUCAUCUAGUCAGAAAACUAGAACUCUGUCUUCAAUAGCUACUGAACAGAAUUUUAGUAUCAAGCCUGUACAAGAUAGCAAUAAUUGUCAAAUGGAUGGGCUGAUAAAGCCGGAGUCAUCUGGGCCCACCACAGUAGCUUGCAUACCCGUUAAAUUAGUAUUCAGUAGGUUACUCGAGAAGAUCAAUAGGCCACCAUCAAAAGCAGCUAGUAAUGCGGUCUUGUUGAAUAGUAAUGUGGAGAGAAAUCCAUCAUAGAUUACAUGUACAUUUUCACAUGGGAACAAUAAUCUUAUACUGCUAGCACAACAGUUGUUGCUAAUUUCUUCUUUCCAAAGAACGCAACCCCAAACUCCAAUCCUAUUGAUUGUCAGCACUGUGGAGGUGAAGAUUCUGCUGCCUUUUUGAAUAAUGAGAUGAAGCAGAUCAUAGAGGGAGAAAUCAGAUAUUGUUAAUAUAAGGGCCAUAACUGUACAUUUGUUGGAUAUGGGUUUCUGAGGAAUUGGAGAAAGAAAGCUCUUAUUAGCCAGAAACAAGUAGUCAGAACUUAUAUGGAUAUAAAAUAGGUAUUUUGGAAAUUUAUGUUGACGACUGUAUAUUUCAUUUCUGUACCAGCAUAUGUACCUACAAGUUUUUUUUUUUUUUUUUUUUUUUACUAUUUAAAAAAAAAAAAUUAUAGAAAACCUGGAAUAGUGGGGAUCAAUUUAGGUAUAUACCCGAAUCUGUAAUCUUGUUGAGCAAUUAUCAUUGCAGUGAGAGAUAUGGUGCACUGCUUGGAUUUUUUUACUCAUGUAAAAUAGAUAUUUCGAGCUCUACUUUUUCUGUAAGGCUGAGCAAUGCAUACGAUGAGGAUAUACUGAAGUUGAAAGGUUUA